CGAUCGAUUUGUAUGCCGACCUGGCAGUGUUCUGGGAGGCCACAGGACUCAUUCCGGCGGCGCAGGACAGGCGGUUUCCUGCCAGGACGUCGACCACAGCCCAAGCCAGACCAGACCGCCAUCUGCCACGGGCAACGCAAGAUGGACUCGCCCGUCGCCGACCUGGACUCUGCCUGGAGAGACUGGAAUCCAUAUGAUCAAAACAGGUUUGACGACAUCACGGACGUUGUAUAUGCCGCCACCGAUGCCAUGCAAGUCGGGCAGCUCGUCCAUCAUGCCAACUUUACUCUGUUUGAGGCCAUGUCAGCCAUCGAGAUCAUGGAUCCCAAGAUGGACUCGGGCAUGGAUUUGCCGCCGUCGAUCGGGGAGGUCAAGCUCACGCCAGACGAGAUUGUCUUCCGCACCGUUCCUCCGUCCGAGGAGAUCGGGAUCAUGGACGAGCUUUUGGCUCGGGAGAUGUCAUGGAUAGCCGGCCAUAUGCUGUGUCAAACGGUCUACACUUGUGUGUUUGUGCAUCGACCCCUGAGCAUCCGGUCCCGCUCACUCAAGCCGUACGUCGUUUCGGUUUUGAAGACGAUCCGCCUGAUCAACACCGAUAUCAUCGGCCGGUUUCUGUACGAUGACGAAGACUUUUCCGCCGACACCGCGGGGUUUCCGUUAUGCGAAGAAGUCUCGGCCGAGCGACUCCUCGAGUCGCUCAAACAAGCCGAGUAUAGUCUCGAAACGAUGCUGGAGUCGGCUAGAUCAGCCAAGGACGCUAACGUUGGAACGAUGGCUCCGCAAGGCGAGCCUAGUGAGAAAGCACAGUCGGACUCAAUGAAAGCAUCAAGUCGACACAAAUACACCGAGGCGAUACUGCAUCGGAUACGCUUCCGCCAAGCAUUCUACUCGUCUUUCCUGGCGAUAUCGGGCCAGCAGGACCGGGCGCUGAUUGUUAUCCAUUUACAGCAGGCCUUGGCCGAGUUGGAUAUGAUCGAAAGCAGUCAGCAUCUUGCGGCAGACGUGGGCUAUGCAUUCGAUCCCCUGGUGACUCGGAAGCUGUUUUCUCACGGACUCCCACGAGCCUUGAAGGACAUUUCCAUCCAUGAUUUGAUAGGCGCUUGCCGACUGAUGCUGAGUCAGCUUGUUGAGGUGUUUCAGAUACCAUCCGACGCCAAUGCCGAGAUGCUUCAGAGGUUCCUUCACUAUCGAGCGCGGCGAGCGGACGUGCCCAACAUCAUUGUGCGAUCCUUGACUCAGAAAGCUUUCUUUGCCGAUCCCAGCCGCAUCAACGGUGCUGAAGGAUCCGAGUUGAUCCGGGAGUGGAUCACUUCCGAAUACCCGACAGUGACGUACUUUUCGAUCCGGCACGACGGACUCAACAUCCUCAUUGAAAACUUUCUUGCAGUCGCCAGCAAGCAACUAUCCAAUAUCUUGUGCAUGUACUCGUACAACUCUGCGAGACAACGCCGGCGCAUGUACAAGAUUGCCCUUCUUUGGGACCAGUUCCAGGCCGAGGCGGAACAGCUUGACAUGGAGCUGCAAAACUCGACCUUUUCGGCCGAAUCCCUUGGAGAUCUGUCGCCGUUUUUCCUGUCGUCGUGGGUGUACGCACAGAAACUCGAAAUGUUGACGUGGACGAUGGCGACGGGCUUUGAGCAAGAGAUCUAUCGCCCCUACGAGCUCGUGAUGGUGUUCUGGUACAUGAUCCAUCUCUAUGAAUGUCAGAGCGAGCAUAGCUCUCGCAGCGAUGGUGUCACCCUUGAGCAGCAAGAGUUCCUUCGCUCCGAGCGACAAGCGACUCCUCUGCGAAGCUUUGAUCAGCGACUUGUGCUUGGGAAGAAGCAUCUGGUCACGGCGCUCUUCCAGAUCUCAACGCUGCUCCAUCGACUCGGCAAAUUCGCCAAGCCGGAUCCCGCAUUCUAUCGAGAGGACAUCCACUUCCAGAAUCGAUUCCGAUUUUUCACGAGGCUGUCAUCGCCAGCAUACGGCGACUAUUCCCAAUACCUUACCAGCAUUGAGGCGAUAUCGCGUUUGGAUAUCGAAGCUGUCCUUGAGCUGGGGCGGUUCAACUUGGACAAGGCCAAAGGCUACUUUGAGGGAGCAUCCGAUAUCUACAAGUCGUCGAGUCGCUACUUCGUGCCUGCGAUCCAGGGCGAUGUCGAAAAGGACCUGGCCGCCCUGAUUCAAGUGACCACGGCGAAUCGAGCCUUGUUCGAAUCAGACAAGAUCGGAGCCAUCGGGGGUUACGACUGGACCAGCCACCGAGUCUUUCCUGUGGCGCUCUACAAGCCCUCCUGAGAGAGAAGUCGUCGAUCCAGACCUGGACGCCAGUCAGCGGUGGUGCCAGAAUAGAACGAGUGCGACCAAUGUCUGCACGGCUGCCCGAUGCAACCAGAAGCGUGCGGGGCGUUGCGGAAGUUUGGUGGAAGAAUCGGCGGUCCAUUCCAAGUCCAGGUCCAGGCCCGUGCCCACCACCAGUGGACACGCUGAUGCGAUUGCCAAUGCGAUUGCCGAUGCGACUGCGAAUGCGAUUGCCGACUUGCGCAUCGGAGGGCGGUGGCGACAGCAGCGCUGCUCAUGCACAUGGCGGUGACGCCGAUGCUGAUGCCGUGCUGGUGCUGAUGCCAAAUCGUUGUUGUGAGGCGACGGACCCGUGACGCGCCUGCGUGGCGGUGGUGCUUCCUUGGCGCGGGUGGCGAGGCUUGUGG